CCUUUGAAAUAACUAUGACAAUGUAUAAAAACCACUAGUACGCAGGACUUAACAAAAUCAAUCUGUUUCUUUCAACUCUCUGCACCAAAAUAUGCAGAUUUUCGGGUUAUUCUCUGUCACAUUUAUUGUGAUAUUCUCCGUCACACACACAGUACUAUGUGACACAUGCGAGCCUGUCUCGUGUGGAACUGGACCAAUAGUCCAGUCCCCUUUCCGGCUUGACAAACAACCGACACAGUGUGGUUACCAGGGUUUCGAACUUUCUUGCAACAACCGAAGUCAAGUCGUGCUAAACUUCCCUUACGUCGGAGAUAGUGUGGUAGAUGACAUUGUAGUCGAUGAUAUUGAUUAUUCAUCGCAAAUUAUAUACUUGAAACCUGAUUUUUGCUUAGGAAACAGAGCCCGAUUUUUCAACCAAUUGGACACGCCAUUUAGGCCGAGUUCCCCGGUGAAAUAUACAUUUUUUAAUUGUUCACCGCCCCCCAAUUUCCCCAUAAUAGAACCAUUUGAGCGGCUGGAUUGUUUGAGUAGUGUUAAUAACACGGUUGUUUCAGUUCCUACUAGUUCUUUAGACGGGUUCAGAUUCCAGGAUUCCCCGGAUUCCUGCCAGACAAUAACUUAUCUGAUUCCGGUGGCAUUCGUCUGGGAUUCACCUUCUUGUGGGGGGUCGCAGGAAGCUGGUUGCUCUGUAUCUUCCAAUAGUGGUCUUUCAACAACUGCCAAGUAUGGGAUAAUAGUUGGAGUAGGAUUGCCUGGACUUUUUCUUCUGGCUUGUCUCGCCAUUUAUGCAAGAAAAAAAGUCGUUGACCGUGCUAUCAUGCAGCAGCAACAUCAUAUGCGAAAUCUCCCAACAAGAAUUAUAACACCAGAGCCUCCUAGGUUUGUAUUGGGCCUCGACAAGCUCACCAUUGAGUCCUAUCCAAUGACAGUGCUAGGUGAGAGCAAACGAUUGCCAAAGCCUAGCGAUUCUACGUGUGCAAUAUGUUUGUCGGAAUACAAGCCAAAUGACACACUGAGGACUGUACCAGAAUGUAAUCACUACUUUCAUUCACAUUGUAUUGAUGAAUGGCUCAAACUCAAUGCAACUUGUCCAGUAUGCAGGAACUUGCCUGAGGGAUCAUUUCAUAGGGCUGCAACUCCUAUGUCCUCGUCUUCGUCAUCUGCUUCGUUAUUUUCCAACUAGGCAGUAAUCUAUGGUCCUGUAUUGUGGAUUAUUUUUUGUGAUUGUGUUUUUGAUGGGCACGCUGUGUAAUAUAUCCUGAUAGAUUAUCAAACUCUAUGUUAAAAAUUAUACAAAUAGUAAAAAUAAUGAGUGUUUAGGAUAUACAUUUGUUUAUUA